AUGUCCAUCGAAAUCGAGUCCUCGGAUGUGAUCCGACUUAUCAUGCAGUACCUGAAGGAGAACAGUUUACAUCGGGCAUUAGCCACUUUACAGGAAGAGACUACUGUGUCUCUGAAUACCGUGGACAGCAUUGAGAGUUUUGUGGCUGACAUUAAUAGCGGCCACUGGGACACUGUUUUACAGGCUAUACAGUCUCUGAAAUUGCCAGACAAAACCCUCAUUGACCUCUAUGAACAGGUUGUUCUGGAAUUGAUAGAACUUCGUGAAUUGGGGGCUGCCAGGUCUCUGCUGAGACAGACUGACCCUAUGAUCAUGUUAAAACAAACGCAGCCAGAGCGGUAUAUUCAUCUGGAGAACCUCUUGGCCAGGUCUUAUUUUGAUCCUCGAGAGGCAUACCCAGAUGGAAGUAGCAAAGAGAAGAGAAGAGCAGCAAUUGCUCAGGCCUUAGCUGGGGAAGUCAGUGUGGUGCCUCCAUCUCGUCUCAUGGCAUUGUUGGGGCAGGCGCUGAAGUGGCAGCAGCACCAGGGGUUGCUUCCUCCUGGCAUGACCAUAGAUUUGUUCCGAGGCAAAGCAGCUGUCAAAGAUGUGGAAGAAGAGAAGUUUCCUACACAGCUGAGCAGGCAUAUUAAGUUUGGUCAGAAAUCACAUGUGGAGUGUGCUCGAUUUUCUCCAGAUGGUCAGUAUUUGGUCACUGGGUCUGUUGAUGGAUUCAUUGAAGUAUGGAACUUCACAACUGGAAAAAUCAGGAAGGAUCUUAAGUACCAGGCCCAGGAUAACUUUAUGAUGAUGGAUGAUGCUGUUCUCUGCAUGUGUUUUAGCAGAGAUACAGAAAUGUUAGCAACUGGGGCUCAAGAUGGAAAAAUCAAGGUAUGGAAAAUUCAGAGUGGACAGUGUUUAAGGAGAUUUGAAAGGGCACACAGUAAAGGUGUCACCUGUCUAAGCUUUUCUAAGGAUAGCAGUCAAAUCCUUAGUGCCUCUUUUGACCAGACAAUUAGAAUUCAUGGUUUAAAAUCUGGGAAGACCCUGAAGGAAUUUCGUGGCCAUUCUUCCUUUGUUAAUGAAGCAACGUUUACACAAGAUGGACAUUAUAUUAUUAGUGCAUCCUCCGAUGGCACUGUAAAGAUAUGGAAUAUGAAGACCACAGAAUGUUCAAAUACCUUUAAAUCCCUGGGCAGCACUGCAGGGACAGACAUCACUGUCAACAGUGUGAUCCUGCUUCCUAAAAACCCAGAGCACUUUGUGGUGUGCAACAGAUCAAACACGGUGGUCAUCAUGAACAUGCAGGGGCAGAUUGUCAGAAGCUUCAGCUCUGGUAAGAGAGAAGGUGGUGACUUUGUUUGCUGCGCCCUCUCCCCCCGGGGUGAAUGGAUUUACUGUGUGGGAGAGGACUUCGUGCUCUACUGUUUUAGCACAGUCACUGGCAAACUGGAGAGAACUCUGACAGUCCAUGAGAAGGAUGUGAUUGGGAUUGCACAUCAUCCUCAUCAGAACCUGAUAGCUACCUACAGUGAAGAUGGACUCCUAAAACUCUGGAAACCUUAA